GUAUAAGUUGAUAGUAGGUUGAAAAUAAUUUACUUUCGUUAGUGAAAUAUUAUAGAGAAGUGCUUUAUUUGUGUGUGUGCAAAAACAAUGGAGUUCCUUAAACUACUACCACUAUUCGCCCUACUAUCCUGCUCAAUGGCCCAGUACGGAGGCUACGGUCUCGAAAGCUACGAGGACUACCACAAGCCACUGGUUCACCACGCGUUGGACGAGCACCAUGACGAUUAUGAUGUGGAUUAUCAUGCACACCCAAAAUACUCGUUCGACUACUCGGUUAAGGACCCUCACACUGGCGACGAAAAGGAACAUUGGGAGACUAGAGAUGGUGACAAAGUUAAAGGCUCCUACACCCUUAUGGAAACGGACGGCACGAAGCGCAUAGUAGAAUACGAAGCAGAUGACAAAAACGGUUUCAACGCUGUCGUCCACAGAAUUGGUCAUCCCAAGCAAGAGAUAGAGCACGAAGAAUUUAACGUAGCCAAACCAGUAUACGAACCACAAUAUCAGGAAGAAUUCCAACAGCACUAUGAAAGCGGAUUCGUUCCUAUGACCGGUUAUGAUCAUAGACAUUAAAUUUGUUAUCUUUGGUACUAGAAUAGGGGGAUACUGACAUGACUACGAAUUAGGAUAGGCUACACAGAUCAUGUAGACUUUAGGCACUUUUAAGCUAUUGCAUAGCUUUUAUCUCAGACUGAGCGCGGCGACCGAAUGUAAAAAUUCCGUAACGAAAAACCUAACACCCCCCACUCCAACCGGCACAGCGAUGCUAUGCAAUAGCUUUACCGCGGCAGUCCUCGAGUGCCACACGUAUUUUUUAUUAUUUCUUAAUAUAUAUAGUUGAGCGCAUUGAAUUUGAAAUUGAAUCUUUAAGUAGCGUCAGUGUACUUUGCUUAGCGAUAAAGCUGUUGAAUUUAUUAAUCUUUGUUCUGACUUUAGCGAUUUUAAAUUACGUAUUAUUGUUAUUAGUUUACGGAUAUUUUUAUUGGACAAACGCCCUGAGACCUCUCUAAAUACUAGCUUCUAAUAGCAGUUAGGUCACUUAGAGUGGUUUACAGGUAUGUUUAAUUUAAUAUAUUACACCAUUUUUAAAUGUCUUAAUAGAAAUCUAAACUAAACUAAAUACUUCAUAUUUGGCCACUGAUUCAAAAAUACAUUUUGGAAAAAAAUACCUAUCCAAUUUAUCAAGUGUAAUUAUAUUUUAAAAAGUUUUAGAGGCCACUAUCGUUAUCUACUAUUGAAUAUGUCCUGUAUGGACAAACUAACCAGGCCCAAUAUUCAUGUCUGUCAAACAAUCCCAUUCCAGAAUAUUCUAGUAUCAAAGAACAUAAAAGAUCUUUUGUUUCACCAUCGCACUUCCGCGUCAUUUAAUCUGGGUUACAGAAACCCAAAAUGGCUUUAGAUAUAACUGAUUACUUAUAUUACAAACAGUAUUAUUUACGUAAUUUGAUCGACAAUACUUAUAUCAAUAUCUUGAACGUGUUAUAUAUUAUAGAAAAUAUAUAUUUAGUUAUUUUACAGAACUUCCGAACGAAAAAAUUACAAGCAGAACACUUUUUUGAUAAAAAACUAUCUAUAAAAAAAAAAAAUUCCUUAUAUUAUACUUUAGUAAAGAGCCUAUUACAGUGUCAACUAACUUUACUGAGAUAGAAAAUAUAUUAGCCGUCUCUUUCUUUUGUUUUGCAUGACAUGAGAUGGCAUUACAUUUAUUUUCUUAGUAAAAGAUGUAGGGCGUUGGGAAAUAGGACAAAAAAUUAGAUUUGUUAGUUUUUUAUCAAAUUAGUAUGCUAUCGUAUGAUACUCCUACAGUCAUUUGGAAUAAUCAACCUUAACGCGAUGAAAUAAAGUCGAAAUUGGCUUGAAUGAUCAAUCCUGAAAGUUUACCAUGAACAUUAUAAGCAGAAUAGUUGUUUGCACUAAAAAUAACGUUAUUAUAUAUUUUUAUGCUUAUUGUUAUUGUUAAUGGACGUCGUUAUGAUAUUCGACAUUAAAAUUGUUAUUACUUUAUAAAAUAUUGGUUAAGUUUUCAAAAAAUAGAAAAAAAAGGCAAAAAAUUGCGUAUACCAUUAGAAAAAAUAUAUGAUGUUAUAUAAUUUUAACUCUUUUGGUUGAAUAAUUUUAAUGAAUUCUUUAUAAGACAAAAAAAAAUAUGAACGAGUAGACUCACUUGUAAAAUGAGUAUUUCUUGUUACGCUAUUUAUUUGUGAUUUUGUAUUCCCUUGAAUUGAUGAGACUGUAAUUCGUAGAUAUUAAGUAUUGUACAAAAAUCUUGUAAUAAACUUUUUUUUAUUGUUAA